AUGUCUGUUUUAAAGACAGUUCUUGGUUCCAUGGAGUUUGCUGGCAGGGUUAUGCUACCAGAAACUAAAUUGAUGCUCCAUUUAUUCCAAAAAUACAAUGGUGUUGAAAUAGACUCUGCUUUCAUGUAUGAAGAUGGAAAAUCUGAAGAAUUUCUUGGAAGGUUGAAGGACAAAACAUCAAAAAUUAAUUUUGAAUAUGCCACAAAAGCUAAUCCUCUCGAGGGAAAAACACUUGGUGCAAAAAGUGUGAGAGUUCAGUUGGAGACGUCGCUCAAAAAUCUCCAAACAGAUUCUGUGAGUAUAUUUUACUUGCAUAUGCCAGAUCAUCAUACACCAUUGAAAGAGACAUUAAAAGCAGUAGAUGAAUUACAUAAGGAAGGAAAGUUUAAUGAAUUAGGAUUAUCCAAUUAUUCCUCAUGGCUUGUGUCCGAAGUUGUCAAUUUGUGCAAGCAGAACAACUGGAUUCAGCCCACAGUUUAUCAGGGAAUGUACAGCGCUUUGACUAGAAUGGUAGAAAAAGAAUUACUGCCCUGUGUCAGGUAUCAUAACAUGAGGUUUUAUGGAUUUAGUCCACUUGGUGGUGGGCUUCUGACAGGAAAACAUAGAAUAGAAGAUCUUCAUGACAAUGAACCUGGACGAUUUUUUAGUGGAAAACGAGUUGAUAUUUAUCGUAACAGAUACUGGAAAAAGGAAUAUUUUGAUGCUGUUGGGACUCUUUCUGAGGCAAUUUAUUCAUCUUAUGGUAAUUCUGUUUCCAUUGCUGAAGCUGCCAUAAGAUGGUUAUAUCAUCACUCUGCACUUAAAGGGGAAUAUGGUGACGCAGUUGUAAUUGGUGCCUCCUCUGUCGACAACCUUAGUCAAAAUUUGUUAUAUACUACGAAAAGACCUCUAGAUGAAAAUGUGGUUUCAGUCAUAGAUAAUAUAUGGAAAAGGACAUCUCAUUUGUGUCCCGAUUAUGCAAGAUAA